UGGAAUGAGAUGUUUGACGAGCACUUUUGUCUACUUUUGUCUAUAUAGUGUAAAAACUAACUGACUUAAGCAUUCAAAGAGGAAAUCACACCAGGGUGAAAGCUGUCUGUUAAAAUAUUUUCAGGGAAAAGAAGCUGGCAUGUUAGAAUUUUUUUUAAGAAAGGAUAGGGGAGUUCUUGGAAUGACUGCCUGUUUCUUUCCUUCUUAUACUCUCUCCCUCUGUCAUUCUUUUUUUCUCCUUUCCUCUAUCCCUCUUAGUUAAGGGAAUAGAGCAAAAAGCUCUGCCUCUCGAUGGAAGGAACGAGGUAGGAAUUUUUGGGGGUCGGUGUGUCUAGCCGGAAGCUGGGCAAGAAAGAGAAAGAGCGGGGUAGAGAGAGAACACAGUGAACCCCACUCCCAAACCUCUUCAGCGUAACAGCCUGUAUUAAGUUGUUUGGCACACAUUGAAGAACAGGGCAAGAGACAGAGAGAGAAGAGGAAAAAAGAGGCAAAACAGAGCACCUCUCCCCUCCCACCCCUUAGUGAGACAGUCUAAAUCAUACUGGUUAUAAGUGCUGUUGUUCUGUGAGUGUGAUGCUGGUCAGACAGACCCAGGCGCAGACCUUCAAACCUUGCAGAGCUCCUCUCAGAUCCUAAGCAACCCUGGAGAGCCUAGCCAUCUACCCCCAGAAACUCUCGCCGCAGCCACCGCUCACUCCCUACAGUGACAUGUACCCUGAGGAGACCCGUGGGGGUGGAGGGGCAGCCUCCAUUGACUACCUGGAGGGAGUGGAUGACUACACUGCCCAUGCCCCUGGCCUCGUUCCCUUCUACAGUUCCUCCACCACGUCUCUGGAUGCCCAUGGACCCCCCUCGGAUGGCAGCCUGCAGUCACUUCUGUUUGUGCCCUCCACUCCCCAGCUCAGCCCCUUCCUUCGCCACACCAGCCUCCCCAGCCAGUCUAUCUACCUGGAGAUCUCCUCCACACCCGUAAACAGGUCGAGUGUGGUAGCCAAUCAGCAGUCAGUGUCCCAGGAGGAGCUCAGCAGCGCCUCCGACACUGCGGUGGAGUCAGGGUCAGGUUCAGGGCCAGGGGUCGGUGUGUUAGAGAUGGCCAAGGAGACUAGGUACUGUGUGGUCUGCAGUGACUAUGCCUCUGGGUAUCACUACGGAGUUUGGUCCUGCGAGGGCUGCAAAGCCUUCUUCAAAAGGAGCAUCCAAGGUCACAAUGACUACAUGUGCCCUGCGACCAACCAGUGUACCAUCGACAGGAACCGUAGGAAGAGCUGCCAGGCAUGCCGCCUCAGAAAGUGUUACGAAGUGGGCAUGAUGAAAGGAGGCCCGCGGUGGACCGGGUUCCGCGGUGGGCGGGUUCUCCAGAGGGAUAAGAGGCGUGGUGGCACUGCUGGUGACAACAGUGUCCUGGAGCACAGCAAAGCGUCCCCUCAGGAUAGUAGCAAGAACAGCAGCUUCGGUGCUGGAGGAGGAGGAGAAGGGCGGCUCAAGAUCACCAUGUCUCCUGAACAGGUGCUGUUCCUGCUGCAGGGUGCGGAGCCUCCAGCCCUGUGUUCUAGUCAGCAGUUGGGCCGUCCCUACACAGAGAUCACCAUGAUGACCCUGCUCACCAGCAUGGCUGACAAGGAGCUGGUACACAUGAUCGCCUGGGCUAAGAAAAUACCAGGUUUCCAGGAGCUGUCUCUCCAUGGCCAGGUGCAGUUGCUUGAGAGUUCCUGGCUGGAGGUGCUGAUGAUCGGACUCAUUUGGAGGUCCAUCCCCAGCCCUGGGAAACUAAUCUUCGCCAAGGACCUCAUACUUGACAGGAGUGAAGGGGACUGUGUGGAGGGCAUGGCUGAGAUCUUUGACAUGCUCCUGGCCACUGUGUCUCGCUUCCGCAUGCUCAAACUAAAGCCUGAGGAGUUUGUGUGUCUCAAAGCCAUCAUCUUGCUUAACUCUGGUGCCUUCUCCUUCUGUUAUUACUCUGUGGAGUCCCUGCACAACAGCCCAGAGGUGCAAAGCAUGUUGGACAACAUCACUGACGCCCUCAUUCACCACAUCAGCCAAUCGGGAGCCUCGGUGCAGCAGCAGUCCAGACGGCAGGCCCAGCUCCUGCUCCUGCUCUCACACAUCAGACAUAUGAGCAACAAAGGCAUGCAGCACCUGUACAGCAUGAAGUGUAAGAACAAAGUGCCUCUGUACGACCUGCUCCUGGAGAUGCUGGACGCUCACAGGAUCCACUCCCCAGGCAAGGUGGCCCAAGCUUGGGGACAGGCCAAGGGGGAGCCCCUCUCUACCAAAGGCUCCAGCAUAGGACCCAAGCAAGGCAACCAAGAUACCCAGCUCAGAAGCCCCGGUCCUGGGGUACUCGAGUAUGGCACUCCACACUCUGACCGGAGCCCCAUUCCAUGAUGAGAUAUAGAAAUAGGUAUUUGUAGAUAUGGAAGAUGUAAAAGUCCUUCCAUGCAAUAUAGUAUAUGUAGAGAAAUAUUUUGACAUUUGUGGAGGUGAGAGUA